AACUUUUAAUCCGCGUAUUCGAGUGUAGUGAAAUUAAUUUGCUAAAUUAUUGAUAAAAAUCACAGUGUAGAAUUCAGUGGACAAGGAAAUAGAUUCUCUACAUCAUAAUGAAUGACCCUAAUAAGAAGAUUGAUGUCAACAUAUCGUCGCUUCUCAGCCUCAAAGCGGAACUCCUGCGGAAGCAGCAGGAAGUUAAUGUGGCCAAGGAGCAGCAAUCAAUUGCGACAUUUGUGCCUAAGAACUUCCCCAAAACCGAAAAAGCCGCAAAAAGCAGCAAAACCGAGAGGCAAACGGAGACAACUGAAGUGGAGGAUUCUGAGAUGAUGAACAAAUCUAAGCGGAUUCUUGAGGCCAAGAGUAAAUUCUAUGAUAAGAUGAGUGCUUCUGGAGGCUUCUUGAAUUCCGACGACAACUGUCUGGUGAUGUUCAAUAAGAAGAGGCAGGAUGAGAAGGUGGAAAAGGGUCAAAGUUCCUCGUCAUCUGAUGACGAUGACGGAGAGCAAUUCGAUGAGGAGGAUUUCAGAAGCGACGAUCCUCAGGAAGAUUGGGUGGAGUACACAGAUUGCCUGGGUAGGACGAGGAAGUGUCUGCGAAAGGAUUUGGAGUUCUUCAAGAAGAAAGACUCGUCGCUGGCGGAGAAUCUUCAGGAUCGAUUGGCGAAUAGAGAGGAGCCAAAGUGGAUAAUUGACAGAAGAGGGGAGCAGGAAGGGAAAUUGCUGGAAGAAGAGGCGGAAAAGGAGGAGGACGAAGAUGAAGAAGAGGACGAUCUCCUCAAGACUGGGCGGAAAUUGCAGCAAAUGCGCGAAGAGUGGGAGAGGAAGGAGUCGGAGAACGUGAGGAAGGAGUUUGUCCACUACCAAGAUGUGCUCUUUGAUGAGGCGAGAACACACGGUGUGGGUUAUUAUCAGUUCUCCACGGACGAGGAGGAGCGAGCCAAGCAGCAGAAGGAACUGGAAGUUCAGCGAUUGGCGACUCUGAAUGCCCAGAAAGAGCGCGAUGAGCAGCGAAAGGCACGCGAUAAGAUCAUCAAGGAGCGUGUGAGGGCGGCAAAGAAUCGUCAAAGAGCUCGAAUGGGAUUGCCACCUUUGGAGGCAGAAGAUGAGGAGAAGGCUGCAGAAGAAGACGAGGAGACACUGAAGAGACGCCAGGAGGAGGAAGAGGCGAAGCAGAGAAAGGAAGAGCUGGAGAAGAGAAGAGAUGAGGAACGGCAGCAGCAUGUUCGACCGUGGGAUAAGGAGAAACUCCCUGAAGACGAGCCCAAGGAAUGGGUGUACAAGAGUGAGCGCGAGCCCAUGAGUCAAGAGCAAUGGGUGGAAUUGAAGAGACAGGAGAGACCUCAGGAAUUCGCUCCGAUUGUCGAGGAGUUGCCAAAGUAUCAAAACGUCCCGGAAACGAAUUACCAGGCUGAGGAAUAUGAGGAGGAAAGCAAACAGUUGUACUUCACAUCGAAGAAGAAGCCUCAACAGCAGUUUAAGAAGAGGAAUUACGUUCCUGAACCCCCACCGGAAUCUGUUCCAAUUAGGAAUGAGCUCAGCGAUGACAGCGACGAUGAGAGUCGCGGGAAGAGAGCAGAAAUCGCUCCUCCGGCCACUUUUGACUACUACGGCCCAAGUUCCAGCAAGCAGCAGAAGCGCCAACCAAUGUCCGGCAUGGAUCUCGAGCGCUCCAUCGAGGCGGGACUGAAAUUCCUCAGGGAGCAGAGCAGCAAGGGUGGGAAUAAGAAUAAAUGGGCAGCCAAUUCGGACUACUGAAUAAAGUUUUGUUAAGAGCACGUGGCCAUGUUCGUUGGCGCAGCAUUUUGAAUUCCACUAUGAAAAGCACUUCAGAUGGCGCUUGUGUUGUUUAUGAUUUCGUUAUCCAAAUUUAUCCAAGGUUUAUUUAACCUUGAUCUGCAAACGCUCUGCUGAAGCUGAAAAGUCUGUUUCCUCGAAAGAUUUGGCCCAAGUGCUAGUUUUUCUGCAUUAGAAUUCUUCAAGAAGGUUAUCAGUUGCAUGGAGGACGAUUUGCUGAUCCCCCGACAAAAUAUCAUUCUUUAGAGAAUGUUUUCCAGUCUGAGGCACUGAGAGAUUGGCCUCGAGUAUUUAUCUUGCCAUAGAACAAAGGAAGGGAGUCAUUAGAUAUAUCAAACUGAAGUGAAAUGU